AAUAGACAACAAGUAGGUAGCCUAGGAUGGAGAUGCGUGCGUAAAGUGGCUUCAUUGGAUACUUCCGAAUGAUCACUGUUCGCGGUCUCGCAUACAUCUAUCUAUUCUAAUUUAUAUCUAGUCGGUUCUACUAUUUCUAUUUUUUCAGUACUAGCAGAUACUUUCUUAUCAUCUGAGGACUAUUUGAGUACCACACACAGUAUUACUAGGUACUUAGGCGGAUCCUCAAAAAACAAAUGAGAUUCCUGGCCACGUCGGGUGGCCGGGUCGCGGGUGGAUCGCAGUGUCCCUUUUUGGCAUUGUUUCAAGAGGGGCGAGCCAGCAGCUCUCAAGGUGUCGGAGGAACAUCGACGUACCCAGUAUCCAGCGGGGCGUUCAGCAGUGACCAUGGCGGAUCACGCAGGGCGCACUGGAUGCAGCAAACGAGGAGCAUGAGCAUCCCAGUAAAAAGAUCACCUGCUAGAUUGCUGAGUCCAUCAACCAGCUCGACGAGAAGCAAAACAAGACAGAUUAAUAGUAGUAUCUCAUCGCCACUCAGGGUCAGGAGGACGCUGAGCAGUGGCACAACUAAUGGCAAUGCAGGUGCGGUAGAGAGCGGCUCCGCCGCGAGAAGCAGCACCAGCGAACGCCUUGGAAUUUUUCGGAAAAAAGUGAAGAGCCCGAACGAAUCGCUGGCAGUCGGAAAAGCGGAAUCUAGUACAGAUCAUACUAUAGGCAGGACACCUUCGUCAAGUAGCACGUCACCAGAGAAUGCAUCAUCACCUUCAACUCCUACGUUAAGCGAAAUUCUUAGAAGUAGCAACUCUAUUCCAGAACCGAAACUCGUUCGCACAUCUAGCAGUCAGUUAGGGCCCUGUGCACCGGAGGACCAGUCCCCGGAUAAUUCAGCGGUAGAAAUUACCUGGCUCGGCGCAGGCUGCAACCUACUGUUGGCGGGUGUGAAAGGCGGACUCGGCGUCGUGACCAACUCGAGCUCUCUCAUUGCGGACGCGGUCCACAGCCUCAGCGACUUGCUGUCGGACGCGGUGACAAUUAUAACGAUUCGGUUUGUCGAUCGUCCACCUGACAAAGGGCAUCCCUAUGGCUACAUGCGGUAUGAGCAAGUGGGGACUUUAUCGGUUUCGGCGUUCAUUUGCGCUGCAGGGCUCGGCAUUGGUCGCGAGGCGCUAGAGACCUUAAUUCAGUUAGCGCGGCCGAAACUGGAACAGUCUUACCUCUUUACGGCCUUAUCUGGUUCCGUCUGGCCACCAGGCGGGAAUGGCAUUUCGCAGAACGGUGCAGCAACUUCAGAUUUGUCGGCUGACCUCCUCACAACUGUUGAUGGUACGUCGGCGGAGGCAUCUUCACAGGCCGUCAACACUCUCGCGAUGGUGGUUCGCCCGGAAGAUGCGCCACUCGCGAUGGUUGCCGUGUUGAUCAGCUUUGGCGUUAAGGAGGCUCUUUAUCGACGGACACUGGAAAUCGGACACCGAAAACGGUCGCCGGUUGUGAUCGCUAAUGCGUGGCAUCACCGGUCUGACGCAAUGACUUCUGGCGUUGCUGGUGUUGGCAUCGCUGGCGCUUAUUUGGACUUUCCGUUGUGCGAUCCUCUGGGUGGGCUCCUCGUGGCGGUUAUGGUGUUCCGUCAGGGCGCUGAGAUGAUGCGAGAGUCCGUAGCUGCGCUGGCUGACCGUGAUGCCCUGUCGGACGACAUGCGAGGAAAAUUAACAGUUGUGGCCCUAAAGGCAAGCGAAGAUGUCCUAGGUGUCAGAUCGGUGAACGCACGGAAAGCUGGAAAUUCACUCUUCGUGGAUCUUGAGGUGACUGUGAAUCCGCGGUUAACACUUAGUGGGUUCCAGCACCUUUCGCAAGUCGUAAAACAGGACAUCAAAGACAAAGUAGAAGACGUGGUUGAAGUAGACUGCACCUUUGACUGUAUGGCUAUGGAGCCAUCGCGUGGUGGCGAGAGAACAAAGUUUUCCAUAAUGACAGCUAAUGCGGAAGAAGAGCAUAGUGUCGUGGAUGAGCUUGCAGCAAAUGCCCGGUCGGUCAGUCCUUCUGUUAGUACGGAGACUUCGAACGGAUCGCCACACUCCGCGUCCGCUGCUGUUGAUCGAGAGAAUACCAGAAGACCAGGAUACAACAUGAUUUUCUCUUCGUCACCAACGACGGCAGUACAGAAUCAGGAAUCAUCGAGCCCUGAUCCAACGAUAUUGCGAGAUCCCGCAACACCUUUCGCCGACGAAAUCCGACUACGAGAUGCGGCAGCUUCCACAGUCGAUUUACAAAAUGAAGUAGGGACAACACCUACAACUACAGUGUCAUACAGCGUAAAAGAGCUAACAGCGCAGCUAGAGCGGCGAGUAGCGUGGCACACUGGCGCAGUGGUGCAGCACAUUGACGUACAUUUCUUGCCUCCACUAGGGUCCAAUUGCGUCUCUGCUGAAAUUGUCAUUGCUCCCGGACAGACGCAGCGCCUGGGCGAUUUGAAGCGACAAGCUCACGCUAUCCGAGAUUUCGUUUAUGAUCUAUCAUCUUCUUGAUGUAGUCUAGCUCUGGGUGUUGUACAGGAGAGGAUACAUAGAGUUGCAACACUGUUUCUCUACGGUGGUUCCAACACUAGUUCUCUUUAAUUACAGAUUCCACACUCGGCUUUCUAAUGCACAUUGCAGGAAUGCGAUCACUGUCGUGUUGACCACUCCGCACGAAUUACCCAAGUGGAGGUACGUCUGGACCUUGCUGAUGGCUGUCACCUAAUCGCUUCGCGUGAGAGUAAACUUCAGCUGAAAAAGGUGCCGCGCACGAAUCUUGGACAAGCAGCUACAGUCUUCAAAGCAGUUCCAGCACCGUAA